CUUUUGGGUAUGAAUUAAAAAAUAAACACAUACUAUUUCAUUUAAAUAAAUUUGUGUGUUCUGAAUAUCCUUAUGUUUGUCGUUAGAUUCAAAUUUUGGACGAUAUUUAUAGAUAACGUAGAUAAAAGAAUGUGAGGUAUAGAAUGAAUGAAUUGAUAAGGAAUAGGAAAAAAAGUUUAAUUGGUAUUGUCGAUUGAGAGCAUGAUGGUUGUGGAGAAGGUUCCAAAUGAGAUUGAAGUGAAUAAGGAACUAAUAGAGAAAAAAGAACAUGGAAAAGCCAACUUUGAAACUGCAAUAAGAGCCACAGGAUUCGGAAAAUUCAAUGUUUUACUCCUGCUGACAUCAGUUCCAACAUGUUGGGCUUCAAUUUUUCAACUGACAACGAUUUCCUAUGUUUUUCCUGCUGCUCAGUGCGAUUUGAAGUUAAGUUUGGAAGAUAAGGGAAUGUUAAGUGGUGUUACUUUCGGAGGUAUGAUGUUCAGUGCCUUCCUAUGGGGAUUCUUGUAUGACACUUAUGGAAGAAGGAGUCUUCUGACGAUAGGAUAUUUUCUGGAUGCUUUGUUUGUGAUACUCAGUAGUUUUGCUCAAAGUAUUGAGUUUCUAAUGAUGACAAAAUUCCUAGGGGGCUUCAUAAUAAGCGGACCUUUCGCUGCAUUGGCCACGUAUUUCUCAGAAAUGCAUGACUCAAAAAAUAGACCAAGAGUACCUUUUAUAAUGGGUAUAUUUUAUGCAUUAGGAGGUAUCUAUUUACCGUUGUUGGCAUCUCUGAUUUUACCACUGAAUGUACAUUGGAAAAUCGGCGAGAACUUAGUACUAAACUCAUGGGGUAUUUUUCUUCUGAUCAAUGCUAUACCUUCAAUUUUGAGUGGAUUAAUUUUUUGUUUUCUUCCUGAAUCUCCAAAGUUUCUUAUGUCUAUGGGAAGAAAUGAAGAAGCUUUGAGCGUAUUUCAAACAAUUUAUUCUUUGAAUACUGGAAGAAAAAAGACUUCGUUUCCUAUAAAAGAGCUCAUAAUGGAGAAACCAAAAAGCCUUGAAGAUAGUCAAGAUUCUUUCUUAGUGAGUAGAUACAAGCAACUCCGAGAACUUUUUGAGCCUAAACUGUUGAAGAUCUUCAUACUCGUAUGCUUUCUUCAAAUGUUUAUGACAACAAGCUUCUUUACAUUGAGAAUAUGGAUGCCGCAACUUUUUCAAGCAAUAAACGACUAUAAGUUCAUCAACAAUGGCACAUCUUCCAACUUAUGUGAUAUGUUGACAGUUUUGAAGCGUGCCAAGACGACGAAAGAAUGUUUUGUAAACUUCGAGAAUUUCGAGGUUUACAUUAAUUCAAUGAUUGUUUGCAUCACAAGUAUGGCUGGAUAUUUUGUUGCUGGAGGACUUAUCAAUUUGAUCGGACAAAAUAAAUUGUUAGGUAUCAUCAGCUUUAUAUCUGGGUGUUCAGCUCUAGGAAUAUAUUAUUCUCCAAAUGGUACUACCGCAACAAUAUUCAUUGCUGCUUGUUCCAGUACUGCUAGUAUUAGUGUUAAUGCAAUAAUAGUGGUCAUUGUGAAUCUCUUCCCAACUACACUCAGAACAAUUGCUUUGUCCUUGACGAUGAUUUUUGGAAGAAUAGCUGUCAUGUUGGGAAACAUGAUAUUUCCAAUUUUGCUAGAGAGUGGAUGCUUACCACCAUUCUUAUCCUUCACAUUCUUAGGGUUUGCAUGUACCAUCAUCACUAUGUUGCUGCCGAAAAAAAAUCUAAAUUUCACAUAAAAACAUCUAUUAGAUGUGUUGGGAAAUAAACAACUGUGAAGUGAUUAUUUAUACGUAGAUCAAUGUGAUAAUCUGAUGAAAAUAAGGAAAAGUAUACGUCUAAACAUAGUAAAUAAUCAAUCAAUUAUUCAAAUUAUGCCCUAGAAGGAAAAAAUCUAGAAACUUGUUUGUCAGGUUCAUCCCAUUAAAAAUAAAAGUUUGGGUUCGGAAUUUGUUGAUAAGUUUGGUAGACAUUUAGUACCUAACUUUCAGUCUUUAGAUAAGAAGAUCUUGACAUUGUAUUCUCCAAGCAGAGUGUAUGAAGUCAAUUUAUACAAAUAGUUCUCAGUGCAAACUUUGAAAAGUGUUUAUAAUCACCUGUAAUUCAAAUGGAAUGUGCUGACUAUAUUAAUACUAUC